GACCUGAAUCCCUCAAGAUGGCUGCCUGACCGCCGCCCCCGCCGUGGCCGCCCCCCGCCCCCCGACCCCGCCCCGCCCCGACCCCGUCAUGCGGGUGGGCAGCAGAAGGGGCAAGAGGAGGGCGGUGUCUCUCCUGCUGGUGCUCCUGCUGGCCCACCUGCUCCUCUUCCUCCUCCUGCUCCUCCUCCUCCGCCCUGACCACCUGCCUCCUGCUGCCGCCACAGCUGGGGAGGCCGCCGCUGCCACCGCCCCCGCCCCCUCCGCCGCGCCCACCUCCACCAAACUCCUUGGCAACCCCAGAGCGCGGGCAUCUCCGUGUGUCGGCGUGGGCACCGGCAAGACGUGGGCGUGGCAGCCUGUCUACACGGUGGUGGUGGACGCUGGGGACACGGCCACCCGAGCCCAUGUGUUCUCCUUCCUCCGCUGCUGCCUAGACAACACUUUCCUGCUGCAGAAGGAACACUACUUUCAGGUGAACGACACGGUGCUCAGCUACGUCAUGGCGCCACACCAGAUGAGGUGGCUGCUGCUGCCGCUGCUCCGCCGUGCCCGCUCCGUUGUGCCGCAACACUACCUCCCCUAUACACCCCUGCUGCUGCGAGCCACGCCCUCCCUCAGACGCCUGCCUCGCGUCUACUCCACGCGCCUCAUCUACAGGGCGCGGAAGAUCGUCUCCCGCACGUCGUUCCUGGUGAAGCGUGAGGAGGUGACGAUCAUGGCGGGCCACGACGAGGCGGCAGACCUGUGGCUGGCGGCGAACUUCCUCACGGGCCGUUUGUACCAAAACGACAGUGUUCCCAUGGCCACGGCAAACCUUGGCGGAGGCACACUGCAGGUAACCAUCCCUCUCCCGGGCCCGCCGGAGCAUAUCAGGCGGGCAAUCAGCAAGAGGAGGAAAGCAAGGAGGAAAAACCAUGGAGAAAACCAUGGAGAAAACCAAGGUGUAAGAAGUGGAGGGCAUCGUGGGGGUCGUGUGAGAACAGGGAGUGGCAAGGCCCAGGAAGUGGGGCAAGGCACCGUGAUAGUGGACCCAGCGGCGGGUGUAUCCAGGAGUAUACGAAGGGGGAAAACUAGCGAUAAGGAAAUGAGUGAUAGCCGUAAGAGUGAAGGGAGGGGAGGGGCGGGCGGCAUACGGACGCGAGGGAGAGGGAGGGGCGGGGCUCACGGGGGUCACAGUGUGAAUACAGGGAAUGAAAGUGAGAAAAGUGAGUCACAACAUGUACAAAUAGGGGCGCGACGUCCUGUCACUACGUCGACCACAAAAGCGGGAGUCGCAGGCGUUUCCAGGGAUGCUGACCUCCGAGAGGUUCAAAGUUCUGGCGGUCCAGCUAAGACACCGCAGCAUGGAGCGAGGAGGAAGAAAAAAAGAAGGUUUCGAGACCCAAACAUGAAUCCUAGAAACAGGAAAGUCACUCUCGGCAAACACAUAAAUAAUUCGCUUGUUGCUGUACCUCAGAAUGAGAGUGAUAUAUCGGGUGCCGGGGGAAAAAUAUUUGUCGAGGGAAAUGAUGAAGACGCUGUGAUCCAAACACAGGAGGAACGAUCGGAGGAUGGUUCCCAUGGAGGGUCAAUGAAGAGGGGAAGGAAAAACGAAGAAAAUAGAAGAAGAGAAGGCAACGAAAUGAGAGGAGAAAAGCACAAAACUCAGGAAGACAAAACUAAUAGAGCCCAUGUCGAUCUUUCUAAUAAAAAAAGACGAAACGGCCGUCGCAAUGAAAAGAAAAGCGAAGGAAAUAAAAGACGGGAGACGACGGAGGAGAGUAAUAAGCGUGAUGAAACAAACGCUGACAUGGAGAACAACGAGAGUUCUCGUAACCCAACAGGAAACAUAGAAACAUAUCGAGCCAGCCAAAGAGACACACUAGAACUGCAAACACAAAAGCCUGAAGACACAACCAUCACCACACACAGCCCUGCAAGCAAUUCACGAGAGCGUGUAGCAGCGGGAGGGUCGCGAGGCACCGGACCGAGAGUGACCCGACCACCCUCUAGAUCGUACACACUUCGACCCCCACGAAGAAGGAUACAUCCCAGACGACACAGAAAAAGGAAUCAAAAGAAGCCUACUCGAAGAAAAGGAGCCAGAAGUAAUGAUAUUGUGACUCAGAAUAGCCAACAAAAUAUAAGUGGCUUGUCAAGGGGGCAACAGGCACCCGCCACGCCACUCUUGCCUCCUCCACCACCUUCCAAAGAGCCGCCACUACCUACUAGGGGGCAAAAAGUUCAUCCAGGAUCUGUGAAGGAUAAUCUAGGAUUCACCACAGUGAAUCCCUCUCUCUCCACGGGCAGAGCAGCAUACGAUCAUGAAUACAGUCAAAGGCUGAACCUUACCAGUACUUUUCUUACGACACCUUCCUCGGAGAAACAAAGACAUGAACAGCGACCACCACCUAACGAAACGAAAAGUGAAGUAGCUGUAAUUCGACAAAGGAACACAGAAAACAGAGAAAGAGUUAAAGUGCGUGUUUCUGAAGCCUCACAAAACAGUACCGUUAGUGAAGUGAUAAAAAGCUUUCCUCCAAACAAAGCAGUUGAUGAAAGUGUCGCGAGUAGUCGUAGUGAGAUCAAUAAAAGAGGCGAGGAAGGCGGCGAGGGAGGCAGCGCGGGAGGGAGAGUGACGUCACACCCUGGGCGGGAAAUAACUGAAAAAGGGACGAAAAAUGGCCGUAAUAUGACAGCAGAAGUGAAACACGAUACAAAGGAAACGAGAGGGACGACAGAUGGAAAAUAUAUAAGAAGAAGGAGGAGGAGGAGGAGGAGGAGGAGAAGGAAUAGGAAAGAGAGAUUUUUUCUCAGAAAUGAAAGAAGACAAAGAGUCAUGAGUUUACAAGCAAAGAGGUUAGAAGAACAGAGAAAUUUAAUGAACGACAGAGAAAAUGUGACACAAAAAGCCUCAUCCUCUUCAGCAAGACUCUCUGACUUCCAAAAUGAGGAUGGGAUUCAUCUCAACAAGACUGGCAGUGUCGAAGACUCGGUCGUGAGGGGAACAGAUGGAAAUGUGACGGCCAGCCCCUUGGCAGGUUCGGGGAAAACAGAAGAAUCCUCGGCGCCUGACAUAAAUGGUAGCAGUCGAAAUAAUAACAGCCGCCGCCAGGACGCAACUAGAAUAUCACGACGAGCAGAUCCACCCGUCAGCGGCAGCCGGGCCACGGCGAGGCCGGGCGUCACUGCGUCAGGGACAGAAGGAAGGAAAAAACAAUUUCUGUCCAUCUCAAGGCGAAACGGAAAGCGUCAAGUUAAGAGAUAUGUCGGCACACACACCGAGCCUGACGUCUCUUUGAGAGAUGGGACGAUACAUGUUUCCGCCUCCGACGCAGAAAACCAAAGCCAAGAUAAACAUCAAUGGUACGAUGCAGAGAUCUUCCAAAAGGGCCAGACGCAAAUGCAACAUCACCCACGUCAUUACCAUUUUCGUCGCCGUCGUCAUCAUCGUCGUCAUCACCAUCGCUAUCAGAGUGAGGGGAACGACAGAGUGAGAUCAUUAGAAGGCAGGAAUAAUGCAUAUUACGGCCUCACUCAACUCUUACUUCCUGGUGAGAAAAGAAAGUCAGCCAAGCGGAGAAAAAACGAUCAAAGAAACAGAAGAGAAUUAGCCGACCCUUUUCUUGCCACGGGUGACUGGAGAGAAACUUUACGAAGAAGUUAUUUUGGAACGCUAUUUUGGGGGCUAAACAAUCGAGAGAGGUGGCAGCGUCUGAAGCCACGAGCAGACCCCAAAAAGUCGUUAAAAAGUGAAGCCGAGGACUUUGGAUUUAAUGUUGGAUCCGAGAAGGCAGCAACUCCACCACCGGGAAACAAAAUUAGAGGAAGUUCAGGCAAAGAAUCACAAAAGUCAUCUCGUUUUUUAAGGCGACGGAGAAGCGUCAGCAAAUUUGCUCAGGAGACAAAAGCAAAAAUGAAGACCAAAAGGCAAAAUCUGCGAGCAGCCCUGAGUCAGCGGUGCGGAAGGACUGGCGCGGGAUUAUUAAGGUCAUGUGGGGAACCGGAGAUGAACUGCAGGCCAGGUAAGGGAGACCCGCGCCAAGCGGAGAUGGUCCACGGAAGCUGUGAUGGUUUUGGCCUUGACGCUAACCAGAGUUCCACGGCUGAACAGGAACCUUCCUCCGGGAAAGACCGAGGCCCAAUGAGCUACGUGGAGCAGGACGAGGACACGGCACUUGUCAUGGUCAGCGACGCCGGUAAGGAUGACGGUGGCUCCUUCCAGCGGAGGAGGCGAGAACUUGGAAAUCUCUCCGGAACGCCCAACGUCACGUACCGCUGCUCGCCCUCCCACAAAUACUGGCUCUUCGCCUCCAGCAUACCCAUGGGUCUCUACCCUCUUCGAGUGAAGAUCCUGCAGAGUGGGAACAUAACGCGCCUCGCUCCCACCCCAGAUGAGGAGGAGACUCUGGAGCCCCACGAUAUAACGCGCGAGGCGGCCCCAACUACUCUGGCCCCGCCUUCCCCGGCCACGCCGCACCACCGGUCAGACAUCCCGCCAGAGGAAGAGUACACUGGCAUGAACGAGCUCGAAAGCCCCGACACGUACUCAGGAAUCCUUCCGACUUCCACCUCCACUCCAUCAGGCCGUCCAACACCUCCUGUUUCGUCUUCUGUCCCUUCCACCACUCCUUCACUGCCUGUGCCUCCCCGGCCACCCUACACCACCGUGAGGGUGACAAACAAGUGGGUGGAGGAGACGCUGGCUAAAGUGAAGACAGUUGUAGAUUCCAUCCUGAAGUCCAUCGGGUCAGCGAGGAGCAACUUGGAUGACAAGAGCAGCAACAAGAAGGCUCCUGACCGGGACAGGGCAAAUAGAGGUGGGGAAGGGGAUGGGAGAGAACCCAUAAUGGAAAGAAGUAAAGGAGCUGAGGGAGGACACAAAGAAGGCGAAGGAAGGAAUAAUGAAAACGAAAAAAGAGAAAGGGGGAAAAAAAGAUAUAAUGAAGAACAAGUAAGAGGAAGACGAGCAAGAGAAAGAGGGACAAAAAGAAAGGGAAUCGAAAUAAGAAAGCUCGACAAAAAGAGGUCUCGCGAAAGAAAGAGGAACGGGAAGAGCAAGGGAAACAGAAGGCGAACAAAGAGAAGAGCAAGCCAGAUCACUUCGGAAAGUUCGGCAGAUCAGAAAACGUACGGCAGAGAGGGAGAGAGGAACGGUCGAGGAGAAAACACCGAGAGUGCACGGAAUGAACACAACGACAGAGAGAGAAGGAAGCACCACACAAGGAAGAGAAGUGGUGUGAUAAGCACAGCGGAAAACAAAAGUUUCCCUAAUGUUGAUAGGAAAAGGAAGAAAUCUGACACCUCGAACAAUAAAUUAAAGCAAGAAUCGAGCAGAGUUUCCGGGGCCUGGGAGGACAAUCUCAGUGUUGCCACUCCUACACCAGCAAAGCUAGGUUUCGAGGGGUCUCUUGAUGAGAAAGGAAACGUCCCAGGUGCCUGGGCGGGGAGAGAAAGAGGUGGAAGAGGAAGAACAGGAAAGGGAAAAAUUUCCGCCAUAUACAGUAAGGGAUUCAGGGAGGGUGAUGGUCUUUCUGUUCCUUUGUCUGCAGCGUCUCGAGAAGACGGUGUUGCCGGGCGGCGUGGCGGUCGCCGUGUAAGAGACAGUGAUAGUGUUCGCAGCACUGGAGGUUCAAAGGACUUUACUAAUGAUAACGUAUUUACUCCGAAACGUCUACUUGAUAGUGAGGAAGUGAGGGUCGGUUCACGAGAGAAAUUUUUACCCAUGGACAAUAAUGUAUCCUCAGGUAAUGAGAAUGGGAGUUUAGGAACGUCUGGUGCUUUUUCAACGAAAAUCUCGGCUAAUGUCGACUCAGGUAAAAACGGUAAUGAGACAAGUAGUGGCAACGGCGCCCCGGCCCCCAAGCAGACCAUAUCCUCAGUGACGGACCUGCUCUUCACUGUCCCCAACGAGAGGGUCAUCAGGCCCGCGCAGAACAGCCAAGUGCAGAGUGAAAUUAAGUCAACUGAAAAGCUCAUCCGGACGUCUCUUGAAGACCUCUUGUUCCGUGUCCCUCCUGUCGACAGCAGGCAUGCCCAGGAGGAAGGCCCCGACUUGAAAACAGGGGAAGCAGAGCUGCCGGACAGAAUCACGACUACCACGCCGGUCACGACCGCUUUGCCACGAGAACUGAUAAGCCCCGACGACACUGUAACCCCGAGUGUCGACACGGAUACUAGAAUAGUCACUGAUAGAAAACCUGCUUACCGAGAGGGACUCAAAAAGAGGAGGAGACAAGGAGCGGCCACUAGGGGAGAGUUGCCGCAUGAUACAGUUUACCAAAGAAAGAACGAUACAGAAAAGAGAACGAAAGAAACAAGCAGUAUAGAAAAUGAAGAGGAGACAGAGGAGAAGAGUCAAGAGGAGGCAGGUGAUCUAAUACUUCGUACGGCGUGUCUGCCUGUUGGUUCCAUAGGCCGCUUCAAAGUGGAGGGCGUGACCUACCUAGUGACCGGCAUGGGGGCUGGGGCAGGGGCCGAAGACUGUUGGAGGGAGGUCACCAAUGUGGUCAACAGACACAUCAGACUCCCAGCCCUCAACCACACCACCCUCCUGGCCACCACCGCCUUCUACUUCGUGGCAGCCAGCGCUAACUUAAUUGAGCCGGAGAUGACCUACGGCUUCGUCAGGGUGGAGCAGUUCCGGCUGGCGGCCAACGUUAUGUGCGCCAGAGAGCCCCGCCUCCUACCCGACCCGUUGGCGUGCCUCGACUUCCAAUACGUGGCGGCGCUGCUCACCCAAGGACUCCACCUCUCCGACGACACUGAGGUCCUGGUCUGCGAUAAGAUCCAAGGUUUUCGAGUUGGCUGGGCACUCGGGGCAGCGCUCGACUACCUGCAGAACCACUGAGACACGCCAAGCAAACCACACAAAGGGGAUCGCCUGAGGAAGGAAGGAAUAAAUGGAUAUAAAAGCAUCUUCGACCACUUUUCGCCAGCAUACACUACACAAGCCCUCAAGAGCCGGAGGAAAAGGAGAAAGACAAAGACAGCGUGGGUUUGAAAAGCCCCAUAUAGGGAACAAGAGCUCACUUCGAUAUUUUUAGCAACCUGUCUCCUCCUUUUAGAGAUCAUACUUUCUCCUUUCCUACUUCAGCCGCCGACUACACAGGUUACGAAGGGCUUGACAACCCUAAGACCUAAGUUACGUCGUGUCUGGUAAACAAAGAAAUGAACCUUCGAGUUUAGAGGCAGAGGUGUGGUUUAUUGCGACCACAUAGGUGCUUGUGAGUUCAUAUGCAGAGGUGUUGGUUAUUACAGUUACGAAAGUGCUCCUGAAUUUAAAUACACAGAUGUUCUUUAUUAGAGCUACACAGGUGCUAGUGAGUUCAGAUACUGAGCUGUCGCUUAUUAGACCUAUACAGAUACUGGUUGAGUUUACAUACAAAGGCGUCGUUUAUUCAGCUACACAGGUGCUAGUGAGUUUAGUCCCGCUGUUAGUUAUAAAGCUGCCUUAUUCUUUCUGGGGACAAAAGUGUCGUGAGAGCGGCAGCACCAAGAAGCGGGUUCCCUCUCGCUGUUGCCUCGUUCCGCAUGUAGCAAGUCAUUCAGGUUGAGAAGUUCGAGUUAAUGGUGCAGAUAAUACCUCGCUCCCAUCUGCACGCCCUCCUCCUCCUCCUCUUCCUCCUGUAAACAGCCCAAUACAUCCUCUCCUCCCGCUCCCUUCCUUGCCACCACGACACCGUCCCUCCGUCCUUUAAGUAGCUGGUUCUAUUUCCCUUCCUCUGUUUUCUCUUUUCUUUUUUUCUCUUCCUGCUCCUCUAAGCGCUCAUCCCUUCCUGAUCCCUGUCCCCAACCUGCCCCUCCUCUCCCCUUCCCAUGCUUUAGUCUGCUCCGCCACUUCACUUUCUUGUGUGUUGAAAUACUUAAGAAUAUGUCGUGUGUUACCACGGUUGUGUUACCAUUGCAUAGUCCUGUCUUCUUUACAUAGUUGUAUAGAUCCAGUGUCCCCUAUUCUGAUAAUCUCAAUGUUUUCUGAAGUACGGGAUGUUUUUUUGAUCUGUGUGAUUGUUUCAGUGUUCGUGAUUCUUUCUCGUCGUUUGUGAUCUUCUUGACGUCUCGGUGUUGUUUUCAUAUACCACUAGAUCUGUGUUUUAGUUUAUCAGUGUUUCUGUAUCACCGUUUGUGUUCCUCUGCCGCACCGCUUUUUUUGUAUAUUUGUGUUUGUGUUCUUGUGUCUCGCAUUCGUUUAUACCUGUUAUAUAUAUUUUUUUGUUGUUGUUUUUCUUUACAUUACUAUCACAUUUGUAUUAGUUUAAUUGCCGGUGCUCCUGUAUAUUCCGGAAGGUUAGUUUUGCUUUAGCGCUGUGGCCGUUUUUUUCCGUGUCCAGACUCAUGUCCGGCUGCUCUCGGUGUCUCCUUCCAGGUGUCUUGACGCUGUGUCUUCCCGCGCUGCUCCGUUCCUCCCCUGCUGACGUUCAUUAUCGCGGCUCCUCGACGCCCACUUCGCCCUGCCACCCAACUAUCAUGUCUUAACUUGUCGAGGCCCCGCGUCAACUGGACUCACUAUUAACAAAUGAUAAUUUCAAGUUGUGUUGCCACGAGUUUCUCUCCGCUGCCGCCGCUCUCCUUGGAGGAAGAGAAUUGACCUCGACGUGGAAGGCAAUGCUGCCACUUGUCUAUCAAAAGAAUGUUAGGGAAGUUUUAAUUGUUCGAUCCUAUUUACCUCGAGAAUGAAGAAUUCUUUCAAUAUGCAAAAUCUACCAUUACCAACAGCUUUCACCUUACAUCAUUUUCUCUAAACGUAACUGAAAAACGCCAGUGGUGCUCGUGCUCACAUUUUUCACCUAGAAGUGAAAAAAAAUUGUCGGCACCCCCGUACAGCCUCUGCCGGCGGCCACAAGUUAACGAGUUUGCGGGAGCGGCGUGUGAACGAACCCAACGCGCCGCUGCUCUGCAAUCACCCGGGAUUAAGGUCACGUGACAUCAACACUCACUCCUCUCUUCUUUAAGCUCAAAUAUUAACUCUUUCGUUAGUUUUCAAUUUCACGAGCAGCGAGCCUUGUUGCUGGGUCGGUCAUGGCUGCUCCGUAACGGCACAGAGAAUAGUGAAAUGCAUGGUGGUGUGUUAUCACAUCUGAUGCAAAGUCUAAUAACAUAACUUCUAUGAUUAGUCUUUGAUCUGGUGAUCGCUGUUUAGCGUAAAGAUUCGCCGAGGCGAGGCUAAGAGAAGUGAUAUUUAAAAGUUUGUGCCGUUUAUGCUUGAGCAUAAACACAGUAAGUCUUGUAAAACUCGUGUUUAUUAACUGACAUUGAAGAGAAUAUGGUAUGAGGCGAUGUAUAAAUGAAGGCAAAAAAGGAGGUAUCAAAACUUUAAACGGAAGGAACAGAAACUACUAACGCACAUACACAAGUCGAAGAUAUAUGAAUGAACUUUGUGAUUUAUAUCACGGCAGCCACUUAAAUUAUAAUUCGCUUUCGCCAUUAACGGGCUGGGAUCAACCACCGGGCCUCUCAAGAAAACUGAACGGGACUAAAGAAAGCACAUUAGAACAAAAACUACCUUUUAAAAUCUCGCACGCUAAUAUUUGCAAUAUCACAUGAAUUUGUCACUAACUCUUCCUUGCCGCGACGCACGACCUCAGUGACCCUCAGUGACUGACUCUGAAGUGUAUACGAGGCAUUGACACUCCCCGGCAGGCAGGGCUUGGCGAGCGGACGGGUGGUGCGUGAUGCGGGCACCGGCAUGCUGUCAGGGGGCCGCCGUGCAGGGGUUGUAAGGGAACAGUGGUCGUAUCUCCUGGUUAGUUGUUGUAUGAAACUAAUCAACUAAUCGAUAAUCUCGUGUUCUUGUCAAUUAUGAGUAAGUGAAUGGAGCUGUGUAAUGUAUUAUUAAUAUUGAAUGACUUCUUUUAAUUAUAAAUAAUGUAUGCAAUCUUUUUAUGUAACAAAUGAAACUGCAUGUAACACUUCACACAUCAAUGUAUAUACGACAAAUCUCCUUCACAUGUUCUGUCCCAGGAGGUUAAAAGUGUUUUGUGAAGGACUUGAGGCGUCCCUGAGCAGGAGUCAUGUGGCCGCUCACCUGCAAAACUCUCUUCCGGCCCGCCAGUCACACCUCCAGGGCCACACUAGCUUCUACGACUCGAUUUUCUAAACCUCCCAUAAUAGUUUCGAAGAAAAUAACAGGAGUGGUUGGGCUUACCUAUGCAAAUUUUCCCUCUCCCCUACGUGUCGCAUUUUUUAAAGAGCGUUGGAGGUUUAUAUAAAGUAGUCCAUUAUACAACCUCUCCGACUUCGAGAGGACACACAAAAGUGUCUGGAUACACGUUUGCGAGUUCUUAUCUUCACCCUUUUCCAAAGGAAAGAUGAAAAGGACUGGAGUCGAGUGCACAGCGCUUCCCCUUUCCUCAUCCUCAAGGAUUCCAUCCCCAGUGCCUCAGACGUCCUUUGAUAACGCAAGAUUUUCCUGAAUUUACGAAGUCCUCAUUAGAAGCACGUUUAGUGACCUGCUCCAUAACGUCACCUCUAGGUUGCCGCGGCUAACACUGCCUCCACUCCUUCCCUGCGACCCAUCGGCCAGAACGGGUCAGGAACUGCUCCAUUACUCUCCUGAUUUAGUAGAGUGCAAAUUCCUAUGGCACCAGAUGUUGGUGCAAUAUUCGCAGCCAUGAAUUGGAAUAUUGUGACAUCCAAAACACGAGGUGAGGCACUAAUUGCUGACCUGAAUCUAGAACUGGUCACUCGUGAACAGCGCUACUACGCAACAGGAGGAUUGGGUUCAAGAUUGUCUUACCAACAAAGACACAGCAGACAUGUGUGUUGUGUGUCACUCACUUAUGGUGACGAGUGUUUACUUGUAACAUAGCUAAGCAAUGAAGGUACGAGUGAAUGUGCACCAAUAAACAAUCUUUUUUUUUCAGUCUUCAUAAAUAAGACUAUGAAGACGUACUUUAGAUAUUGUCUAGUUAGGCGCCCUCUAUUGUAAAUGCGUGGAUAUGCAGGAAAUACUUUUCUUCAUAUGCCUAUGGCGACGAAUAAUUCUAUUGCUUUGAAAUUAAAUAUUUUGUGAUAGUGCUUUUGGAGCCUGUGGAGGGGCGAUGCUGCCCUCGGCUCAUCACUGCCAGAGUAUUCCGGACCUCACGUGUGUGUGUGUGGGUGUGGGUGUGUGUGUGUGUGUGACGUCACAAAAAACGUCAGGUCAGGUCAGAUGGGGUCAAGUAAACUACCUUCACUUCUUUUGGAGCAGCACUUAGCUGACGUUGUUUAUCAUCUUCAAUCCCUGUAUCAUAAGAUAAAAAAAAAAAAGUUCAGUAAUAUGUUGACAAUGCAAUAUUUGUGACAGUUGUGACGUAACACGUAAAGUAAAACGAUAUGUAAUAUUGUUAUUUCAAGACAAAAUCAACGUGUGUGUCGCGUCAUGCCACGUACUGUGUGAUCACUACCUCAUGAAAAACACGCCUGCCAUAACGACCUAAGGUAAAUGUGUAAGUACCGCCAGACCAGUUCCUGCCCAGACAACUUUUCGGUCUGUAUAGUGUUCGUAAUUUAUAGACUAAGCCUUUGUACUACUAUUUUAAGGUGAUUCAAAAGGAAGCAAUGUGAAAAUAAAAUAAUUGAGUUUGGA